AUGGCUGCCGGAACCUCAUCGUGGCUCGACAACAUCGCACCCGAGAUCGCAAGCAAGCUCCAUUCCGACGGCGAAGCCGUCGCCCGAUUCGCCACCGACUACGGCGGCAUCAUCAGUGCCGCGCCUCCGGCGGCCGUGCUCCGACCCUCUUCGCCGGAGGACAUCGCGGCGCUCAUCCGUUGCGCGAACCGCGCUGACUCCCCGUUCUCCGUCGCUGCCCGCGGCAACGGGCACUCCACCCACGGGCAGGCCUUCGCGCCCGGCGGCGUGGCCAUCGACAUGGCUGAGCUCCGCGGCGUAGGGAAGCGGAUCCGUGUGUCGGCGGAGGAGUCCUACGUCGACGCCGGCGGGGAGCAGCUCUGGAUCGACGUGCUGGAAGAGACGCUGAGGCACGGAAUGUCGAUGAGGUCGUGGGUGGACUACUUAUAUUUGACGGUCGGCGGCACGCUGUCAAACGCCGGUGUCGGCGGCAUGGUUUUCCAGCACGGGCCGAUGGUCUCCAGCGUGCUCGAGUUAGACGUCAUCACCGGAAAGGGUGAGAUGGUAACGUGCUCUCCGGAGUUGCACUCAGACUUAUUCAACGGAGUCCUCGGCGGACUCGGCCAGUUGGGCGUCAUCACCCGAGCUCGGAUCAGUCUCCGCCCAACGCCGGCGAAGGUCCGAUGGCUGAGGCUGUUCUACACCGACUUCGACAGCUUGACAAGUGACCAAGAGUUCCUGAUCUCGCUGAGAGACAAAAUCGGGUUCGACUACGUGGAGGGGCAGGUCCUCCUGAACCACCAGCAAGUCGACGACCCCAACUUCUUCUCGAUCGAAGAAGCCGAGAGAAUCAACCAGCUCACUGCCGAGUUCAACGCAAUGUACCUCUUGGAAGUAGCCGUGUUCUUCGACUCUACGUCCUUGGUGGAUCAGAAAGUCGAGGGCUUGCUGCAACGGCUGAGCUUUGUCCCUGGCUUUGCCUUCAGUAAGGACGUGAGCCAUUUUGAAUUCCUGAACAGAGUCUACACCGAGGAGGAACAUAGAAAAAGCUCCAUGGCGGUCGACCCCAGCAAAAUCCGCCAUCCAUGGCUCAAUCUCUUCGUGCCCAAGUCUAGAAUCCGAGACUUUCAGACUGGAGCCGAAGGGAUCCUCCAAAACAUUAACCCUACAGGCGUUGUAUUACUCUACCCCAUGAACAGGAAUAGGUGGAAUGAGAACAUGACUGUCGUAGUCCCUGAUGAGGAGGUCUUCUAUAGUGUAGAGUUUCUUUGGACUUCGACAGAGGAGGACUGGAAGAACCUUGAGGCCGGUAACAAUGAAAUAUUAGGGUUUUGCCAUCGACAGGGCGUCCAAGCAAAGCAGUAUUUAGCUCAUUAUAAAUCGCGAACCGAUUGGAUGGAACACUUUGGAGAAGUUAAGUGGAAAAGGUUUAUGCAGUUGAAGCAGACAUAUGACCCAAAGGCACUACUGUCACCAGAACAACAUAUAUUUACUAAUUAA